CAUCCCAAGCGCCACCUAGCGAGUUAACGUUAAUAUAUAAGAUAAAAAUGCUUUUUAAAAGAGAUAUUAAUAAGAAGUGAUGGAUAUGUAAAUAGUCAUUACUUUUGUAAUAAACAUUACUUCCUCUAAAAAAGGAAACAAAAUGUGACAUCAUGGAAUUCAAAGUAGUAAGUCAUAACUUACUUAACUUACUUACUUUUUUUCAACUUUUGUCAAAUUGCGUCGUCACAAUCUUUUGACAUGAGCUACUAAUUCCAAUUUGUACUGUACAAAGUACUCACGUAUUUUGUAUUUCAUAGGGGCGCUUCAAAAGUGAACAUUUUGUCUAAUAAGUACAAAGUAUCUAUUUUCUUCAAAUCUAAAAACGUUUAUUCCUUGUGAAUAUUGGACAUCAUAUUUAUGGAAGUCAUAAAUGUACCCUUUGAUAUUUUGUUUUCAAGCUGGCCCGAAUAAAAAGAAGUAGAACUAAUGAAAGAAACGAAAUACACGUCGAGAGUUACGUAAUCUUACGUGAAUUUGAUGUAUACACCGUUUUUUAAUUUACAUUUGUAUUAUCUAUAUUCAAGCCCCCAAUCAGCCGAUCACACGUUUAUCAACAAACACACGUGCCGUGCUCUAAGAAAGUCUAACGAGGGCGCUAGAACUCCAUGAAGGUUUACAACGCUUUUAUUUUGAAAGUCCCGCUGGCGCCGGUCGCGCGCCGCUCGAGUCCUUCACGGAGCGGCAGCUGAGGUCAGCCGCAGGAACCGGGCGAGCGGCCGGGAGCUUCAGUCUGCGCAGGAAUCCUCUACAGACACCGCUCCUGCAGAAUGGUGACGAGGAUAAGAGAGUUGCCAAGUCAUGGAUAGAUCGCCACCAUGACACAUGAGACCCUCACAAGCUCCCAGCUGUCCCUGAGGGCGGCUGCCCUGCGGAUGGUCGACCUUCCGCUCUGCGUGUACGGCUCUCUGGCCCAGGUGAGCAUCAGCGCGGGCACCAAGAAGCUGGUGGCAGCCACGGCCUUCGGCGCCGUCUCGCUCCUCUUCCUCGCCCGCCGCUUCCAGAGGAGGAAGGGAAGAAAGAAGGCUCAGUGGGAGCAGGAUGCCUUUGAGAUCAUCUCAGAAAAGGAUAACAGCGCUGGAAACGUCACACUCUCCCUGGACUCCACAAACGGCCACCCAGCUGGUCUGCUUCUCAAUGCAGGACACCACGGGAAGCUGUCCGGCUCUCUGCUGAGCCUGGCCUCGGUGAAGAGCGUGAACUCAUCCAGCGGCAGCACCCGUGCAAAUGCAUCCACCUGUUGGGACCGAGGGGGGGAAGCGGAUAUCUGCAGCGCGGUCAACUUACCCGUCACCACGCCUGAGAACCUGUACCUCAUGGGGAUGGAUUUAUUUGAAGAGGCUGUGCGGCGGUGGGAGGAAGCGCUGACCUUCCGCAGCGGGCCGAGCGAGGACGACGCCAGCUGUGUGUCCGUCAAAGCGGGAGACGCCAUCGCCGAGCAGAGGGUGGAGGACGUCCUGAGUGCGGAGUUCCUGCUCAGGCUGAAGUCGCUGCUGCAGAGGGCCUACAGCCUCCAGGAGGAGUUUGAGGGGGUGUUGUGCGAGUCUGAGGCCUCGUCCCACAGCAACAGCCAGGAUGUAAUGGCCGAGGUUUUGUCCAGAGAGGAGCUGGAUGACAGCUGUCUGAGAGACUGCAACAGCAUCGCCUCCACCGACUCGUUUGUGUCUGCUGCCGAGCUGACGGAGCACCGGGAGCUGCGGAGCGUCGUCGCUCUGGGCCAUCACCUUUUCUACGAGGAGGCGCUGCAGAUGGCCGAGGAUGGAAAGAUCUCCUGCAGGGUGCUGCGGACAGAGAUGCUCGAGUGUCUUGGAGACGUGGAUUUCCUGGCUAAGUUGCACUGUGUGCGGCAGGCGUGUCAGCUCAUUUUGUGCGAGAGAACGACCCGGAUGUUUCUCGCCGACACCGGAAAGAAAAUCCUGUCUUCCAUUAUUGUGAAAGCACAGAAAAGCCCAAAGAGAUUCGAGGAGGUGUUUGAGGAGAUGAUUUCCUUCCUGGAGAACACAGAGCACUGGGAGAACACCGAGGUGGAGCUCGCCACGCGAGGGGUGAAGCACCUGAACUUCUACGACAUCGUGCUGGACUUCAUCCUGAUGGACUCCUUCGAGGACCUGGAGAAUCCACCGACCUCCAUUCAGAACGUCAUCAACAACCGCUGGCUCAACACUUCCUUCAAGGAGACGGCGGUGGCAUCGAGCUGCUGGUCAGUGAUGAAGCAGAGGAGACAGCACAUGAAGGUGUCGGACGGCUUCAUCGCUCACUUCUACGCCGUGUGCGAACAGAUCAGCCCCGUCCUGGCCUGGGGCUUUCUGGGGCCCAAGAGCUCCCUGCAUGACUUCUGCUGCUUCUUUAAGGAUCAGGUCUUGUACUUCCUGAAGGACGUCUUUGACCUGGACAAAGUGCGCUACACUUCGGUGGAGAGUCUCGCGGAGGACAUGCUUCACCUGCUGCACCGGCGCUCCGAGCUGCUGGUGGCCUACCUGGGACCCGACUCCCUGCGGACCGUCGGCAGCUGCAGCUCGCAGCAGGUGCAGCUGGUGCCCAGCGGCCUGCCGGAAGCUCGCGUGCAAUAAGGGGAAGGACCCGCCGUGUCCACACACACACACACACACACACACACGGGGGGGGAGACAGAAGAUUGACUUGGGUGAGUUCUCACACACAAACCUGCCAUAAAGACUUUUUUUCCACAAAACUGCUGAUCCAAGGACUGAAAUGUAAAACACUAAUUCACCGCGGUCACACCUCCCAUCAUGCUUUGCGCUCUCAUGCCGCCGCCGUGUCUGAGGAUGAAUUGUACCAGCAGCCUUGCCUUCACACGAGAUCAUCUUCUCCAGUGCGGCCUCCUCCUCCUCAGCGCCCGGUUUCAAUGCCAUAGAAGUGCACAUUUCAAAAUAAAAAAAAUCAUAGCAAUAUUUUUAAACUUUCUGUGGAGCAUUUCAAAGUGGCCGUCGAUCAUUGAUACCGCUGGGAGACUUGUCUGCUGCUAUUAAGAGAAAUUUGUUGUGGAGAAUAUUUUAGUAUUUAUUUUAUUAUGGAGUUUCUGGAUUUAUUUUCUAGAAGUUGUAGUUGGGCCUGUAUGGUUUGUGAUAAGCUUCAAACAUAGUUGUAUGAAUGUGUCGUAAGCUUUAUUAGAUGCAUUCACACAUCGACAUUGCAAAACCAUUCAAGUGCUUUGUUUUUGUGGCGAGCACACGAUUGAUCAUCAUGAGGGACUCUGGGAUAAUGUAAAAUUUGUUGGGAGUUACUUAAUCCGUUUUGGCAGCACGAUUCAAACCGUAAUGCAAUAUUUAAAUGACGCCUGGCUGUGGCGGCCUAGAAGGCCUUUAAUCCCGCCCAGUCAACGGGAUAUGAACGAUUAUACUACAAUCCUGCAGCUGUUCAACACGCGAGCCUUACUGUUAAUGCACAUAAGCCUCGUCUUUGCCACUGAAUGUAAGUCUUAAAUACAGUAAACGCCUGAUCAGUCACUGCCGUGUGCACAAUGUUAACGCUUGGAGCAGCAGCUACUGCAGGAAUAAGCCUGCUGUACGAGGCUAUAUUCCAAAAUCAACAUAUGCAUUUGAGUAAUCGCGUCAGUUGUAUUUUUUUCACAUGUGGUUUUAAAGCGUUACUGGUGUAAUUUGAGCUUAACUGAUUCAUGAGUUUCAUUUUUGGACUUAACUCAUGCUGCACUACGCCACUCUGUAAUUUCAUUAUGAAGGGAUGUUCACUUCUCAUUUAAAGGUCAUGAUUCUAUAUUAAGCAAAUAACUGCUGUCGUUGUAUUGCAAUAAGUAACUUGUUCUCUCCAGUAUCAAAUAAAAGCCAUUUGAACGAGA